AUGUCGCGUCGUAAUCGCCCUACCGCCUUUGAAGUGAGUUUUCCGGAGGAGGCGAAAGAAGGUCCGUCGCGACCUGGAGGUUUACUUGCUGGGCACGGCGCCCCCAAGCGUAAGAGCCCGAGUGCAGAUACCAUCAACUCGGAAGGGAAACGACAAAAGAUAGCCCAGUUAGCACAGGAUUCCAGAAGCGCUGCAUUACCGCCUCCUGAGGUAUGCUAUGUACCGCAACCUCGCGACAUCAAGGAAAGAAAGGACUUCGUGGUCUUGGGCGAAGAUACUGAUGAUGAAUAUGAGGGUACCGAGUCCAAGCCGAUCCGGGUCCUCUCAGAUUUCUGCAUCUUUGAUCCCAAGCACGGUCUGCAGGUGGUGUCUCUUGACCUCCUUGAUGCCGGAGACUACGUGGGACAUUUCGAAGCUGCAGGCUUUGUUUCCCCGUUGUUCUUGAAUGAAGAAGAUGCAGGUCAGGAAGACGGUAUUGACGAUGAUGAACCUGCAAGCAGCCUGCAGCGUCUGCGGACAAGUGCUGUUUUCAGGUAUACGAUUGACUAUGCAAAAGUUGAUGAUCCCGUGUAUAUAGAAACACAGUUUGGCUGGUACGUCCUGCAGGAGCCCUCUGCAGUCUAUCGACACUCCUUCCUCGACUUCUACGAGCGACACCGACUUCUGCAAAUCAUUAUCUCUGCAGCCGCGGAAAAUCCGUUGUGGACCUAUCAAGACUUCACAGACUGCUACAUUGGGAUGCACGACCAGUAUCUAAAUCGUCGGCUUGACGAAACAGACAUAUAUAGUAUUAUUCCUCAAUUGCGACCUGCAUUAGAGGACUGUGAGGGUGGUGCAGAACUUACAGCUGUUCCGAUGAUUCAGCACCUGUUCCGUGGCCAGAAGCUUGCAUUCACGAAACACCUUGAUCGUGCACAUGCCCAUCCAGUAACUCGACACGAUCUUGUAGGCAAUAUUGACCUGGAUGUUCUUCGUCCUGAGAAGCAAAAUCGUACACAUGUUACUCCUCUUAUCGAUCAACUUGCAGCCGGUUUCUUCCAGGAACACUUAGAGGUGGUGGGUCCUCCACCUAAGGUACCCAGCAAGCAUGUUUUGCGACAACGAGAGCAUCAAGCACGGCUACAACUUUUCCAGUUAAUGGAGAAGACGAUGCAGGAAAAGUCCAAGCCGAUAUUUCACCGGAGUCAGCGACUCCAUGAUGAAUAUUGGCAUGCAGUGUCAGUCAAUGGGGAGGACUAUUAUGUUGGAGAAGUUAUUGUCACUGUUGCUGGAGCAUAUCAUCAGAGAGCUGAGGCGGAGCUGCCAGAUGACUUGGAGAGCCUUCCAGAUACAGCCACAAUUGCGGACUUCUUCUGGUUCGCACAGAUUGUCUACAUCAAUCAGAAGCGCAAACAAUUGCAUGUACAAUGGUUUGAACAUUCCUCGCAAACCUUUCUGCAAGAGAUAUCAGAUCCCCAGGAACUCUUUGCCUUCAAUUCUUGCUCUGAUAUUGACAUAGACCUUGUUGUGGGCAAAGUUGAUGUGCAUUGGUGCAUUCCCAGAAGCACAGAACUCCCUGCCACUGAGUUCUACUGCAAUCUACUGUAUGAUGACAAUAAUGCAUCCUUCACUACAGUCAACCAACCUAACACUGCACACACAAAGAAUAUGUUACCACCUCAUAAUUGCUCUGUCUGUCUCUUAUCAGCUCAGCAGAUGGAAGACCAAUCUUGGAGGAAGAUUAAUGAUGGUAUAGUGCAUCUAGGUAUAACUUAUCACAUUGAAGACUAUGUCUUGGUCAAGACAGAAGAUGGACCUGCAGAUAUCGGUCAAAUUCUGGACAUGCACUUCAGUACCACGGCACGACAGUAUGAGUCUGCUACCAUUACACUUCGACUUCUUGGGCGCAUCUCCAAUAUUAUUGACCUUUGCCCAUCAGAUGUUAUGAAGGACGAGCAUCAUCUCUUUCUCACAGAUGAGAAGGUGACAAUUCCAGUAGAAUUGCUCCUAAGACGGUGUAGCAUUCUGCACUUUGAUGCCAUCAAAGAUCUCUCCAUGUGGCUUUCCAUUUCCCCCUUCCAUUUCUUUGUUCGCUAUCAUUUUGUGUCACCCAGGCCUCGCAAAUGGGUGGAAAACACACUACUCACCUUCAAUGAUGUGCACCUCUGCAAGGAGUGCUAUAAGGAAGACAAGAAACAGAUGAAUAUCCGCAAGAAAUUCUUCAUUGCUGCAAGACAGAAACCUUUGAAAGCUUUUGAUCCAUUUGGCGGUGUCGGAGCCUUUGGGCUUGGAAUGGAGGAAGCUGGUUGUCUGAAGAUGGUACAUGCAGUCGAGAUCUCUCCAAGUGCUGCGGAAACAUUGAAGUGA